AUGUCAGAUCCCUCCGCCGUCGAAUUAGCCGUCCCAUCAAGGGACCCAAAGAAGAAAGAGGAAAAGCCCGGCCAGACUCCCGCAAAACCUACGCAAGACGACAAGAAGGAUGAGGAUCUCUCAGAAGAGGAUCUGCAGCUACAGGGAGAGUUGGAGAUGCUUAUUGAGCGCUUAAAGGAGUCGGAUACGACACUGUAUAGGCCCGCGCUCGAAACGCUACGGACGCUCAUCCGCACAUCUACCUCUUCCAUGACCUCAGUGCCCAAACCCCUCAAAUUCUUGCGACCGCACUACCACGAUCUCGAAACAUUAUAUACGACAUGGCCCGCGUCGGAAGACAAGAGCCUGUUUGCAGAUAUCCUCUCGGUGCUCGCAAUGACAUACUCAGACACGGAGCCUAGAGGGACUCUGCGCUAUCGCCUUCUCGCCUCUUCCAUGCGUCCUUCAACAUCGCCACUUGACGCGCCAGGCGAAUGGGGUCACGAAUACGUCCGCCAUCUAGCCGCCGAGCUCGGCGAAGAGUUCGACCUGCGCACUCAAGAAGCCGCAUCGGGUGGACCCGCAGUACCAGAACCGACAGAUUCGGCCGCAGAUAGCGAAGAGGCGAAGAAGGCUGCAGCAGAGUUGAAAUCUCUCUCAUUCGGCACUGUGGACGACUUGCAGAAUCUGGCUGUAACGUGCGCUAAGUUCCUGAUCGGACAUAAUGCCGAACCCGACGCUGUCGACUUGCUCGAGGAACUAGAAAUUGCCGAUCGCGUGGUGGAAAUGGUCGACGAGAACACUUUCCGACGCGUCGCCGCGUACAUGCUCGCCUGUGUACCACUUCUGCCGCCUCAGGACGACGUAGCAUUCCUUCGCACUGUGCACUCAGUCUAUGAGAAGUUUGCGCGCUGGCCUGAGGCACUUGCUGUCUCGCUCAGGUUGAACGAUCCUGAACUCGUACGAGCGGACUUCGCUGCGCCUGGUAACCCUGCAAUGCGCAAACAGCUCGCGUUCAUCUUGGCAAGAGCUGGGACGCCGGUGCAGUGGCUGCUCAGCACAACGGAUGAUGGAGAAGGCGAACAGGUUGUUGAGGACCUGCCGGAAGACCUGCAGGAGAUCCUCUACAACACCAAGUUGAGCGAGCAUUUCCGCUCGUUCGGCAAGGACGUCGGUGUUGGGGACGCCAAAUCACUCGAGGAUGUCUACAAGAGCCAUCUCGAGAACUCCCGUGGCGCCGCACCUGCUAACGUCGACUCUGCUCGUGCCAACUUGGCAGGUACAUUCGUCAACGCGUUCGUCAACGCCGGGUACGGCAACGACAAGCUCAUGGUCGAAGCCGAGCAAGGCAACUCGUGGAUCUACAAGAACAAGGACCACGGCAUGCUCUCCGCCGCCGCAUCGCUCGGUGUAUCGCUCCUCUGGGAUGCCGACGUCGGCCUUUCCCACGUCGACAGGUACACGUAUAGCGCAGAGGAAUACGUCAAGGCCGGCGCACUGCUUGCCACGGGUAUCAUCCACUCCAAUGUGCAGUCAGAGGCCGAUGCAGCACUCGCGCUUCUCGGGGAGCACACGGAGAACAAAAGUGUACCAUUACGCACGAUGGCCAUCGUCGGACUCGGCAUCGCCUAUGCCGGCUCAUUGCGCGAAGACCUUCUCGCCAUGCUCCUCCCCAUCAUUGCGGACGAUGGCGUCAGCAUGGAAGUUACUUCUCUCGCGGCGCUGGCCGUCGGCUUCAUCUUCGUCGGAAGCGAGAACGGCGACGCAAGCUCGACAAUCCUCCAGACGCUUAUGGAGCGCGAGGACAAAUAUCUGAACGAGAAAUGGGCACGCUUUAUGGCGCUGGGUCUCGCGUUAUUGUACCUCGGCGUGCAGGGCACGGACUCGUACGACGCAACUGUCGAGACGCUCAAGGCGAUCCCGCAUCCGGUCUCCCAGCAGGCGUUGAUUCUCGUGCAAAUGUGUGCAUACGCUGGAUCGGGCAACGUAUUGAAGGUCCAGGAGAUGUUGCAUUAUUGCGACGAGCAUCUUGUUGAUGAAGAGGAGGGCGAGGGCGAGAAGAAGGAGGGCGAAGCGCCAGUGGAGGGACAGGCUGAAGGGCAGGCGGCAGAGGGUGAGAAGAAGGAGGAGGGUGAUGGCGAGAAGAAAGAGAAGGAGAAGAAGGAUGAUACGUUCCAAGCGUUCGCUGUUAUGGGUAUCGCCCUCGUCGCCAUGGGCGAGGAGAUCGGUUCCCAAAUGGCGUUGAGGCAGUUCAACCACCUCAUGCACUACGGCGAGCCCGUCCUAAGGAGAACAGUCCCUCUUGGCCUUGGUCUUAUCUCCGCAUCCAACCCUCAACUCUCGAUCAUGGACACCCUCUCCAAGUACUCUCACGACAACGACCUCGCCGUAGCGCUCAAUGCCAUCUUCGCAAUGGGUCUGAUCGGCGCCGGAACCAAUAACGCUCGUCUCGCACAGAUGCUCCGUCAACUCGCGGGGUACUACGCGAAGGAGCCCGACUGCCUGUUCAUGGUCCGGGUCGCCCAGGGUCUCGUACACAUGGGCAAGGGCACGAUCGGUGUCGCACCCUUCUUUGCAGACCGUGGUGUGUUGCAUCGCGCAGGAACAGCAGGUCUGCUCGCGGUUCUCACAGCCUUCACGGACGCGAAGGGCUUCAUUCUCGACCGCGCACACUGGAUGCUCUACUUCCUCGUGCCCUCCAUGUACCCUCGCUUCCUCAUCACGCUCGACGAGGACUUGACGCCCAAACCCGUCUCCGUGCGCGUGGGCCAAGCUGUCGACGUCGUGGGCCAAGCCGGCAAGCCUCGUACCAUCAGCGGCUUCCAGACAUACAACACGCCUGUCAGGGUUGCAACAACGGAAAGGGCGGAGUUGGCGACGGACGAGUUCUUCCCGUUCGCGAACGUGUUGGAGGGCUUCGUCAUCUUGCAAAAGAAUCCGGGGUAUGAGGCUGAGGACAAGAUGGAGUCGUAG